AUGAUCGUGUUCUGGGUUACACUGCUUCUUCUUCAUCAGGGAUAUACACUGGUUCCAGUGACCACAGUUCAACUUGGUGAACCUGUGACCUUCACAUGUGUUUUGCCAAAAGAGUUCAACUAUCAAAAUCUUUACUGGUACAAGCAGAGUGCCGGGGAAAAUCUGGAAUCAAUUGUAUCACUCAUAAAAAAUGCAAAUCCUGAGUAUGGACCAGAGUUUCCUACCUCAAGAUUUGAAGUAAAAGCUAAUAAGAAUAUUAGCAGUCUGACCAUUUCAAGGACGAGUCAAGAAGAUGAGGGAAUGUAUUUCUGUGCAUUCAUGGACUGGAACAAUAAUUCUUGGAAUGCGACCUAUUUGUCAUUAAGAGGAAACUCUCAGAGGACAUUAAACUACACUGUUCAGUGGUCGACAGUAUCUGAUCCAGUCCGUCCAGGAGACUCAGUGACUCUGCAGUGUUCAGUCCUCUCUGACUCUGAGAGCAAGACGUGUUCAGAAGAUCACAGUGUGUUCUGGUUCAGAGCCAGAUCAGAUAAAUCUUAUCCAGACAUCAUCUACACUGAUGGAAACAGACAUGAUGAAUGUGACAAGAGUCAGAAACGCUGUGUUUAUCACUUCUCGAAGAACGUCAGCUCCUCUGAUGAUGGGACUUACUACUGUGCUGUGGCCACAUGUGGAGAGAUAUUAUUUGGAAAUAGAUCAAAACGGCAAAUCGAACGGAAAACAAGUUCUGAAUUAAUUGCGCUGGUGAUAGCAAUCGUCUGCCUGAUCAUUUCUGUGAUUGGAAAUAUUGUUUUCAUCUGUUACCGAACUCCAAGAACAGGAUGUGAACAAUUUAAAGGAAUAGAAAGCGUCUCUUCACAAUCACAACAUAGCAACUCGAUCCCACCAGUCAAUGAUAAUACUGAAGGUGGAGAUGAUCUGAACUAUGCUGCGCUGCAUUUAUCUGGAAGAAAAGCUACAAGAGGAAGGAAGAAGAGAGAGACUGAAGAAAGUGUGUAUUCUCAAGUUAAAUGCCAAAUGUGAACAUGUGAAUUGGUUCAUAGUACUGACCUCUUACAGUGCAAAUAAAGAAUUCAAUGUUGUGAGUUCCCUUCUAACUUCAAUGAGAAUAUGUGUCAUGAUAAAAAUUAAAUCUUAUUGUAGCAUGGAGACAUGCUCUUUGUGUGGUACAUUUUUCUGUACAUUGAUCCUUGCUUUAUAUUAUGUAUUUGCAUGAAAAAUAUUACAUCAAUAUACAGCACAGGGUUAUAUGAAUCCUAUUUUAAGUCCGAAAUUUUGAACUAUCCUUUGAUGCUUCAUAGUUUAU